CAUGCUACGUUGCUUGGCAACAGAGCCCAUACAAUCAACAGGUGCUCUCUGGACUUAAAGAAGCCACAGUAUAAUGUGGUCCCUGCAGAUCCAGCAAACAUUAGGGUCCAUUUAAUCCUCAUGUUUGGUUUGAGUUGAUGGUUUGUUGUUGUUGUCACUCUCUGUGAUGGCUGAAGUCAUCCUGUGUGAGCCUCUGGAGCUCUACAAUCUCCUCAACCAGAGCCGCUGUGUGUCCAGGCUGGCAGAGAUCAACUACCUCUGUCUGAUAGAUGCUCGGGAAGUCCGAGAUUACAGAGUGAGCCACAUAGUGACGGCUAGAAAUGCCAAAGUGGAUUCUGAGGAUUCAUUUCUCCUCCCAGAAGCCAUUGAGGUGGACAGUAUGCAGCAUGUGGUGGUCUAUGAUGGAAACACCAGCUGUUUAGAGGAGCAAGGCAGAGCAGUCCAAUGUGCCCAGAUGUUUACUAAAGCUAGCCUCCAUCCAGUCAAGAUAGUGAGAGGAGGCUUCCAGAGGUUUUCAGCCAUGUACAACUUUCUAAGGACUGAUAAAAUCCUCUACACAGUCAUGGAACUGGAGAACCUUAAGACUUAUCCAGUAGAGAUCAUAGCAGGACUGCUGUACAUGGGUGACCUGCAUCAAAGCAUGGACUCCAGCACCCUGAGAGACCUGAAGAUCAACGCUGUCAUCAGUAUCUCAGAAAGUGACACUCUGAAAUCUAGAUCCAUAAAGGGGAUCCAGACCAUCCUGAACAUCCCCGUGGAAGACUCAGGGGUGUCAGAUUUGUACUCGAGCUUUGAAAAGAUUUGUAGUUUCAUUGAUUCACACAUCAACAUCGGCUCUCGUGUCCUGAUAGUUUCCAGGCAGGGCAGAAGCCGCUGCAGCGCUGUGACCAUCGCAUUUCUCAUGCACCACCUCAAAUACACACUAGAGGAGGCUUGGAGGUUCGUGCUCAAAUGUAAACCCAACAUGAGGCCCAACACGGGGUUCAUACGACAGCUGUCUGACUGGGAGCUUCACACCAGGGGAACCAAAGUGACUAAAACCUCUGAAGCUCUUCUUUAACAAGCAGCUUCCACAACAGUGUGACUAGUUUUUAUUUCUGACUCUGCACACAAUAAAGUCAGCAGUGACAUAAAGAUAAAGCAAACUGA